AUGCUCGGAGCAUCCGUUACGCGCUCGGUGGUGUAUGGUUUCUUGCUGAUGCAACUGGGCAUAGGUGCAUCUGAGGCGGCGCUGAGCGCCACCCGCGAGGUGAUCUUCAGUCCGGACGCUCCUAAACCUAUCCACCCGUACAGUCAGGCAAUUCGCGUGGGAGACACCAUGUACUUGUCUGGACAAACAGGAAACGACCCCCAAACCAACCGCUUGGUUCCUGGAGGAGUCGCUCCACAGACACGACAGGUUCUUACGAACCUUGCCAAGGUUCUAGAAGCGGGAGGGAUGAACCUUAAAAACGUGGUGAAGUGCACGGUGUAUCUUGCAGACAUGAACGAUUACGAAGACAUGAACAAGGUUUACACCGAGUUUUUUCCAGAGAAGGCCCCUGCCAGGGUCACCAUUCGUGCAGCCGAGUUACCUUGGCGAGCACGUGUGGAAAUUGAAGCCAUCGCCGUGAACACCGUCAGUUGA